AUGUCACCUCCCAAAACAAACAGGCCAUCAAAGGCAGCUCUGUCCAGAAUUUUCCGAGGAUUUCAAUCUGAAGCAGAACCUCAUGUUAUGAAAAUUAUCUGGACAAGUGGGAAUAGCCAAACGAACGGCGUGAGCGAGCUUCACAAAGUGAAUCAGAAAAUAGAAGCAUGGAAUAAAGAGCAUAACAUUUGGGCUGCAGAUGGUACCUUUGAUAUUGACGACUUUAUAUCCAUCAAUCGUGCGAUUGAGUUGGCGAUUAAAGAAAAUGAUCCUAAGGCAUUUGACAUUGCUAAGACACGCAUGGACAAUAUUAUUGAGCUGCGCAAAUACCCAAGACGAUGGCAACUUCGAAAGAAGGACUUCUUGAAAGCCGCUAAGGUCUAUGACUCGGAGAAGGAAUACUUCUAUAUCCCACUAAGCCAUGACGGCGCUUCAACACAUACUCGUGGGAAAUCAAGGCCCAAAGGCGACAAGAGGCCUGGUACUCCAACACCCAUCAGCAAAACAAAAGGAAAACAGAAAGUGAUAGGCAGCUAUCAAAGUGAGGAAGAGCCGAGUAGUGAUGAUGAGCUUGCCGCUUCAACAUCCCCCAGCAAAAUAAAAAGCAGACAGGAAGUGAAAGGCAAAGAGAAAAGCAAAAAUCCACAAGGCGAUGGCGAGCGAAGUAGUGGUGAUGACCUUAGCACUCCGACACACAGCAAAACAAAAAGCAGGCAGGAAGUGAAAGGCAAAGAGAAACGAACAAAUCCGCAAAGUGACGAAGAGAGAAGUAGUGAUGAUGAGCGGGGAGACGGCAAUCAUACUGAUAACGAGCGCACCGGCGAUGAACAUUCCGACGACGAGAGUACUCAGAACGAGAGUAUUGACAAUGAGGGUUCUGACGAUGAGAGGUCUGACAGCGAGAGGUCUGACAGCGAGAGAUCUGACAGCGAGAGGUCUGACGACGAGAGUUCUGACAGCGAGAGGUCUGACGACGAGAGUUCGAAUCAAGAGAGUCCCGAUGACGAAGGAAGCAACGACCUGGCCACCCUACGAAGAAGAACAGGGAAAGCAUUUGGCAUCUCCCUCGAUACAGGUGAGCCCGUAGCCUGGUACGGCCAGGGGGCCAAAGGUGUUAGACUUCUCGUCAAUCUUACCGCCCCAAAUGGGGCUAGAACUGGAAGAAUUGUUAGCGGGAGAGGCUAUAACUUCGAUAAAAAAGCUUUGCCUCACAUUCCCACAGCCUCUAAGUUGCGUGAGAGAGACGGUGACACCCAAGUGCCGAUGACCAGAGCUACUCAACACACCCGAGGAAGCCUGCGCUACGGGGAAGAUGACAUCAAAAAAGUGGGCCUUGUAUAUUGGCCAGUGGAGACCGAGUGGGAACACGAUCCCACGGCUCCUUUACGACCAGUUAAAAAGGCCUGGUUUGUUCAUACAGUGAUGGCUGUAAUGUUCAGAGGUAGUAACGAGUGGACAUAUGAAUUCCGGGUGCAUCUUCGUGCGGCAUUCAGGGGGUCGGAUAAUAAUAUCGACAAAAUGAUUUAUACCCAGGCACGACUGCAAGAACAAAAAUAUCAGCGUGGGAUAGGUAAUCCAUGCAAGAUUCCAGAGGCCCCAACGACAAACCCACACUGGAGGAACACCAAUGCCAAAGGGGGGGCGUUAUACUUACACCCAAGAGUGAACAAUGGGGAACGGGCUCAGAAAGGUGAAGGGAAAAAGAGCAAGAGAACAGAGGAGGACGAGGAAGACGAAGAAGAAGGUGAGGAGGAGGAAGAGGAAGAGGAGGACCGCCGUCGCAGUAAGAGCAGGAGCACAGACCGCCGGAGCAAGAGCCGCCAAGUUGGGGAGGAAGAGGAAGAGGAAGAGGAGGACCGCCGUCGCAGUAAGAGCAGGAGCAAGAGCAAGAGCCGUCGGGACGAGGAGGAGGGCCAAGACCACCAUCGCGGCAAGAGGAAGAGUAAAGAUAGGGAUCAUCGGAGCAGGAGCCGGCAAAUCGAAGAGGAAGAGCAACAGAGGCAGCGCCGUGGUAACAAGAAGAGUAAGAGCCGUCGAGAGGAGGAAGAUCAACACCGCCGUCGGGGCAAGAGCAAGAGUCAGAGUCGCUCGGUAUCGUUUACACCCUCUGUUUUCAGCGGUUCGGACACAGCAUCGACCGCUCCAAGCUCACGUUUGCGGCACAUAGGACAAGAGUUCCAGGCGUCCAUCCUCUACGCAAUCAAGCCCUUUGACUAG